UGAUGUGCUAAGUGCGACCAUGUAAAGAGAAACAGAGAAACCACUACAUCUGAAUCUCCCAUUUCCAGCUGGGCUUGUUUGACUGGUGUGUUUGGGUACCUUUAUUUAAAGAACUCCAGAUAUGGACGUAGAUUUCAAGAUCCACACUGCAAAGCAGCGGGAAAAGGUGGAAGAUAUAUUUGAUUUCGAGGGCUGUAAAAUAGGUCGUGGAACGUACGGUCACGUGUACAAGGCAAAGCCAAAGCGAGCUAAUGCUGAUGUGGGCAAAGUAUACGCUCUCAAACUUAUCGAGGGAACAGGUAUCUCAAUGUCUGCGUGUCGGGAGAUUGCAAUCCUCCGAGAGCUGGACCACCCUCAUGUGAUCAAACUUCACCGUGUAUUCCUCUCUCACACUGACCACAAAGUGUGGCUGUUGUUUGAUUACGCUGAACACGAUCUCUGGCACAUUAUCAAGUAUCACCGGUCUCAGAGGCAGAGCAAGUCGCACAAGAAGAACUUUGCAAUUCCUAUAGUGACGGUGAAAAGUCUACUGUAUCAGAUACUGGACGGUAUUGAUUACCUUCACAGGAACUGGGUCCUCCACAGGGACCUGAAACCUGCUAAUAUUCUAGUGAUGGGAGAAGGACCAGAGAAAGGAACGUUAAAGAUAACAGACAUGGGGUUUGCCAGACUCUUUAACAACCCCCUAAAACCUCUAGCUGAGCUGGAUCCCGUGGUGGUUACCUUCUGGUACCGCGCUCCUGAACUUCUACUUGGGGCUAAACAUUACACCAAAGCUAUUGACACCUGGGCUAUAGGGUGUAUAUUUGCUGAACUGUUAACCACUGAACCAAUAUUCCAUUGUCGACAGGAAGAUAUAAAGACGAACAACCCCUACCAUCAUGAUCAGCUGGAUAGGAUCUUUAUGGUGAUGGGAUUCCCUUCAGACAAAGGGCCUGGGGAGUGGGAGGACCUGAAGAAGAUGCCAGAAUACAACACUUUACAGAAGGAGUUCAGCAAGUCUAACUACGUCAACAACAGCCUGGUCAGAUACAUGGACAAGCACAAGCUGAAACAAGACACACGCGCGUUCCAGCUGCUCGCUAAGCUGCUUCACAUGGACCCUAAGAAGAGACUAAGCGCUCAGGGAGCUCUAGAGGAUCCCUACUUCACGGAGGAGCCACUGCCGCGUGAUAACGCGUUUGGGGACGACAAAAUACCGUACCCGAAACGAGAGUACCUGAACGAGGACGAGGACGGAGAGAAGGGGAGCACUAAACUCGCUUCUGCUAAAACUGAUGGGGUUCCUUCAAGUAAACGGAUGAGGACACUGCAACAACAGAACAAACCAGGCAGUUCAGGCACAUACCAGUCCUCCUCCCACUCCUCCACCACCUACCAGACCACCCAACAGUUCCCCGUAUCUUCCCAACCCUCCUUCGCUCCGGGCCAGCAGUACACCCAGACUGGGCAGGUUCCCCAGGUUCAGCAGGGCCAGUUCAGUAACCAGACCCAGUUCAACCAGCAGUACCAGCAGCAGUACCACCAGGCCCAGCAACAGAGGCAGCAGCAGCAACAGCAACAGUUCCAGCAGCAGCAACAGCAGCAGCAGUACACUCAGCAGUACGAUCAGCACGGCAACUACGUACCUCAUAAUAACAACAGGUUCUGAUGGAUCUGUGCUGACACAGUGUAACGUGAUGCCCAUAUAAGGAAUUAACCUGAUCUGUAGAACUGGGCUGUAUUCGAAUUGUUUGAUGGAAUGAUAUUCAAGAACUGGGAGAGACACGUGAUGCCCAUAUAAGGAGAGACUCGUUUCGUAUGAGUUAGUUUCAAUAUGCGACUUGUUAGAGGGGCCGGGCCUCUAUUUUUAAAUUUAUUAUCAUUAGUGAACUCAAGUUAAGCUUUUGAAUUGACAGAAAUCGAUGGAGUUGAUAAGCUUUUUCAAAAACUGUUAUUAUAUUAAUAUGCUCGUAUCCUUUACGCGAUAAAACUGUAUGCUUAAUUCCUGUUUACAUAAUUCUUGCAGCACAUUUUAUUUUUAUGAUAUCUUACUCCUUCAUAAAAAUUUUUAGACGGUAAUAUAUGAUAUCUUGUUGCAGAUUAACGUUUGUUGUUGAGUGGUAGUUGGAAUAGUUGUGGUCGAAAUAAAACUGAUGUCCUGGCCUACAGAAUUCGAUCUUCCCGGAUAUUUAUAGAAUUAUAAAA